AUGUCGGACAUACCCCAGACAGACGUCUCUCGUCCCUCUGCGCUCCCCACCGCCAAGCUCCUGCAACGCCCCUCGCAGCCUACGAUUGACCAGAACUCAAGCGAGUACCUCGACGCGAUCGAAGAGGAGUGGAACAAGCGCGUCGACGUCGAGAUCGAGACCCUUGUCGACGGUAUGGCGGACAUCGUCAGCCUCGCUUCGAUUGGCGACAAGGACAAGUUCCGCAUCGCGCAGGAGGCGUUUCAGGCGCAGUGCCGCGCGGAGUCCAUGAUCCGCGCGGCGAACUCGCUCAUGUCGACGAUCCAUUCCAUGAAGCUCCUCCUCCUCCUGUCCGACGAGGCCCAGAUCGCCAAGCGCCGCGACGCCGAGCUGCGCAGCGUGCAGGCGGACAAGACGGACGCGCAGCGGAAGGUCGCAGCCCUGCUCGACGAGCUGCUGCUCUCGCGCACGCGCGAGGGCCCGCGCGACCGGCGCAUGGACACCAGUUGA